AUGCAGCUGACCCUUGAGUUCGGUGGAGGACUGGAGCUUCUCUGUGAUUCUGUAAAAAUCCAUAAGGUCAAUUUUGACACACAGGCUGAAGAAGAGAAGGUAACUAUGAAACACUUGCUCCCUUGGAUCCGCACCAAUUUGAUCAAGGAGAGGCCUGAAAUGUUUAUGAAAGGUGAUUCCGUAAGGCCAGGAGUUCUGGUCCUUGUGAAUGAUUGUGAUUGGGAACUGAGCGGACAGCUUGACACGGUGCUGGAAGAGAAGGAUGUCAUUGUUUUCAUUUCGACAUUGCAUGGUGGAUAG